UUCAAGAGUGCCAAAACAAUUUCAUUUACAUCUACUUGAAAUGAGAACCUGCGGAAUCCGUCUCCCAUUAGAUGAUGCAGCGGAACACCGUGGAAACCACAACGACCAGCGGCAGAGAAAAAGUUGACUCACGUUCAGUUCAUCUUCUUUUCUUUUUAUCUCCAGUGGCAUUUGCUAUCCCUGUCGUCUUGCAGUAUGAUAUGAUUCAUCAGUGGACCAAACUAAACGACUGAAAAAGAAAGAAACAAUGUUUGAUAUGACCUGUCUGUUCUUCCCGUCCGGGCUUCCUGGCACUCGCUCUGCUACAGACAUACACACAGCCUGUAUUCUGCAUGCUGUGCGCAUGGCGCGAUUUAGCAUCAGAUGCCGUGGCUACAGAUCCGCGAGCUCGAGGGUGAUGCCGGCGCCACCGUCCUUGUUCACGAGAUGGAUGCAGCAGUUGUCGGCAGCGUGCUCCACCGGAACUCGUCAUGGUAGACUCGCCUUAGAUGCUGCUGCAGCCAGCAGCUUUAGAGCUCAUCAACACAGACCAAGGCGGGAGCUCUGUAAGGGGGAGCUGAGAUGGCAGCUGCAUGCACCGCUGCGGCAGAGAACCGCAUGCAGCCGCUGAAAGGCCGCGUGGCCAUCGUGACAGGCGGCGCAGGUGGAAUCGGCUCGGCUGUCUGCGCCCACCUUGCCUCCCUCGGCGCAAGCGUCGUCAUCGGCUACGUCGGUGACCCGAGCCCGGCGGAGAAGAUGGCGGAGACGAUCAACACGACCUACGGGGCGCCGCGGGCCAUCGCGGUCUCCGCCGACGUGUCCAGCUCCGCCCAAGUCAAGUCCCUGUUCGACGCAGCUGAAGCUACCUUCGGCCUCAACCUCCACAUCCUCCUCACCACGGCCGCCGUCAUCGACGCCGAGUACCCGCCGAUAGCCGACACCAGCGAGGAAAGCUUCGACUGGAUGUUCGGCGUGAACGCCAAGGGCACGUUCCUGUGCUGCCGGGAGGCGGCGAAUCGCCUGGUCCGGGACGGGGGCGGGCGGAUCAUCACCUUCACGUCGUCGGGAGUGGGGUCGCUGCGGCCGGGCUACGGGGCGUACGCGGCGACCAAGGGGGCGAUCGAGGUGAUGACGAGGGUGCUGGCGAAGGAGCUGAGGGGGACGCGCAUCACGGCUAACGGGGUGGCCCCGGGGCCGACGGCGACGCCCAUGUUCUACGCGGGGAAGUCGGAGGAGCACGUGAAGGCGUGCGUGGCGGAGAUACCGCUGGGCCGGCUGGGGCAGCCGGAGGACGUGGCACCGCUGGUGGGCUACUUGGCUGGCGACGACGGAGAAUGGGUGAAUGGGCAGAUCAUUCGUGCCAACGGUGGCAAUGUUUGAGAUUGAUUGCUGCAAUCCCCUGUUAAUGAUCCACGUGGUUUGAUCAACUAAAAAUGGUGUGUGUCAGUUGAUGGUGAUGGACAUGA